ACAUACGUCUGUGACGUCCCCUCUGUCACCACAGCGUGGGGGUAUCGGACACGUGACUUUGCGCAACACCACAGCCGAACGUUCAAAAGACCGGCCCUUACCAGCAAAUAACAGUUCUGAAGGAAUCAGUGGACCCAACAAGUCGUGAUUUCUUGCUCUGAAAAAUACUAAGACGCCAUGGCUCAAUAUCCAGGUGGAGGAUACCCAUCUUACCCGGGCUAUCCCAGCUAUCCACCACAACCACCCGCGGGAGCAGCAGCCUACCCACCCUACCCAUCCUACCCAUCCGCACCCCCACCCCAUAUGGUGUACCCCCCGCCACCUCCACAGCCCAGCACAACGUAUGUUGUGACACCUCCUCACCAUCACCAUCACCAUCCACACGGAAAGGUUGUUCUGAACGCGGGCCCUGAGACAAUCGUCAUCAAGGAAGGACACCACCCACACCACCACCCUCAUGUCAGCAAGACAGUCAUUCGCGACGGCAAAGACAAGAUCGUCAUCAAAGAGAAAGGUGACAAGGUCAUCGUCAAAGAGAAACACAAGCAUGGCGGAUGGUGGUGAAGUGGAUCUGUCAAAGCCAUGUCCACGUAGCGCCCACACAGACGUGAAGGCCUUCUUCGAUGUUCAGCUGCGAAAUCUUAAUUCUGGCAUUUGUCAUGAUUAUUGUAGAUACUAUGUGAGAAAAUUCUCUAUGCUAGAUAUGUUGAACGCAUGAAUUAUGUAAGCAGGUAUGCCUGCGCACAUCCUGUGCUUUCUCAUAUUAAAACAGAGUGUGUGUUUGUGUGGAGGGUGCGUGUGUGCGUGCGCAAGCGUACAAAACAAAGAGAUGAUUGGCCUCUUUUCUUCAAAUUGUAUGUCUGCUUUAAUUAGCCGAUGAGGAAAAUUUAUUGGGAUAUUUGUCUAUAUAUUUGUGGGAUAUCUGUUUAAGUUUUUGGGAUAUGUUUUAUAUAUUUUAUAACAGGUUGAGCAACGAGUAAAAUAUUUAUCUCUUGACACAGUCACAUACAUUUUCAAUCAUUCCAUAUAUAAACCAACGUUUUUUGUAUACCUUAACUAACUCUAGUGGACGUUUUGAUGACUUGUUGAAAGAACUCGAAUAAAAAGUCACGAAAUUAA